UUUCGGAAACACGAUGGCUGGAUCAGUUUCGCAAAUAUUUAAUACCCAUGUGCUUGGGAUAAGUCGACUGCUACGAAUUUUCGGAACAAAUUCAGUCGCCAAACUUACGACGCAAUCCCAACCUAACAUUCGUACAGAAGGGCACUAAACGGAAUUGUGAAAUAAUUAUCAAAAACGUCGAGUUUUUAAAACUGCGAAAGAAUAAGUUAAUCAACGGAUAUUACAUUUUUUUAAAAUAAAAUCUAAACACUGAGGUCAUGUCCAUGAAAUCUCCUACAACUUAUUCUCAAGACGACUUGGACCUUAUAAAUUCAGAAAUUUCUCAUUUCCAUUAUUCCACACCAACAACAUCAUCAUCAUCAUCUGAGAAUCAAAAUCAACCGAAAACGACGAUAAAUACAGAAAGAUUUUACAAUAAUGUAGAGGAAUUUUCAAAUACAUUAAAUCCACUAAAUAUUGACGAACUACAAAAUGCCUACAAUAUUGAUUUAAUAAAUAAUCUAUCGGGAAAAUCAGAAUUUAUUGAAAAUGAAAAUAUACCAAUUUCAAUUAAUAAUUCAACGGGUAAUGUUCAACCUCUUAUGACAAUAGAAAAUGUUGCUGCAAAUUUUCAUCCAGAGGACGGUAAUAUUAGAUUUCAGUGCGAGAAGAAAAGUGAGAAAGCUGACGAAUUAAAGAGUAAACAAAUAAAAGGUUUAAACUUUUUUCCUGGCGAUAAACUCGAGGCAAAGGAUUUCAAUGAGAAAUGGUAUACGGCAAAAGUUGUUGAAACCGAUUGGGUCGAAAGAGAAGUUCUGAUUCAUUUCGAUAAAUGGAGUGCAAGAUUUGAUGAAUGGAUACCUAUGGAUAGUCCACGAUUACGAAUGUUACAAACACAAUCACGUGAAAUGAAGACAAAGGAUUUUGUCGCGGGCGAAAGAAUUCUCGCCACAUGGGCCGAUGGCAGAAAAUAUCCAGCGAAAGUCAACGCUGUUUUGGGAAAUGAUCGUUACGAUGUACUAUUCGACGAUGGUUACACGAAAAUUGUGAGAUCAUCGAAAAUGUCAAAAUUAGGUGGACCUCUCGACGAGCAGAAUGACAGUGAGGAUUUCAUUGGCAGUAAGGAGAAGCGCAAGGAUAGAAAUCGAAAAUAUCAGGUUAUGGAUCUCUUUCAGCGUAAACCAAAGAAAGGCGGUGAGAUUAAGUAUGCGAAAAGAGGUCGUCCUUGUAAGGAGGAAAUAGUCCCGGAGCCAUUGAUCGAUAAUGGCUCGUUCUCCGGCUCUCAUGACGAUUCAAGUACGGAGGUGCUCCACGGUUUUGAAAAUCCCACCGCAAAAGUGAAGACUUACAUGAAGAAGGAGAAAAAAGAUUCGAACAUCGAUCCUAGUUUUCAGCCCGAAUGGAAGGAUGGCGAACCACAAGGAAUUGAGUCGUUUAUCGAGGGACCACGACGAUCGAUUAUUGUCGCUGAUAAAAGACUACCACCCGGAUGGGUGAAACACUUCACCCAGAGGAAGGCGGGAUCGUCAGCUGGCAAGUGGGACGUACUCUUCAUCCACGAGGGCAGUGACAAGAAAUUCCGUUCUCGAAACGACAUCCGAGCGUAUAUGGUGAGUCAGGGUCAGUUUGACUUCGAUCCGGAGAUGUUCGACUUUUGUAUUCAUCGAAAGAAGAAGGCGAGGGGUGAGAAGGUAAUUUCAGACACACCACCUGCUAGAAGAUCGAAAUCUUCCUCGAGAGCAAUUCCGAGUCCUCUACUGCCUGUAACUCCGAUUCCAGUCACGCCAGCACCAGCUUUACUCGAAAACAGUGCAGUAUUCAUCGGCGGUCUACGUGUCGAAAUGGAGGACAGCUCCUACAAGUGUCCAAAGGACGGUUGUCUAAAGAAUUUCCGAAAAGAAAAUCUUUUGCAGAUGCACAUCAAACACUACCAUCCGGAGUACUCAAAAUUUCUCGGUUCAACACCGAAUGUCGCCGAUUUGGCUUAUGCAAGAACAAUCGGCGAGUCUAUCGACGACAUCAUCCCUAAGCAAACGCACAAUUUUCUGGAGAAAAUCAACAAGUUUGAGAAGAGAAAAGAAAAAUCCCAACUGCCCGUUCUUCAGGCUCUUUCGCCAUCGCAGCCGAUCGCCACUGCGCCAUCGCCAACGCCGCCUGUCCUCGAACUCGAAGUGAAUCGAACCGAGGAGAGUAUUCCAAAAGACGAGAAAAUCGAAUUAGGAUCACCUCUGAGAACCAACAGCGAGACUCUCCGCAAAGAAACCGAUUGCGCAAUGUCGCCAGGAUCCCUCUUCGAUCUGAAGAUCCGAGAGGAAAAAACUAGUGGCAUCAAAACUCUCCUCCCAGUUCGUGCGCCAGACUCAAGAUCAAAAUCCGUCGACGAAAUGAUGACACCAGGCCAACGGGGCAAAAGUUUGAGAAAACGUAACCUUACGGACUAUCAUCCAGAUAUUCCCCGCGUAAAGAAACGACAGAGUAUUCAAGAUUCUAAUUUCGAGGAUUUGGACGAGAGUACAAUGGACACGGAGGGCCCCGCCACUCCCACCUAUCGUUUCAGUCGACGAAAAUCCGACGCCAAGAACGACGAGAGCAAUGACAGUAAACACGAGGGUAUGAUGCUGAUCAAUGGCGAAUUGAUAAAAGUCGAACAACUCCGCAAGGAGGAAAUUAUCAACUGCACUUGUAAAUUUAUGGAAGAGGACGGUCUCAUGAUUCAAUGUGAUCUUUGCCUCUGUUGGCAGCACGGUCACUGCAACGCCAUCGAGAAAGAAAAAGACGUUCCCGACAAGUACGUCUGCUACAUCUGUCGUCAUCCCCACCGUCAACGACCAUCAAUGAAAUACAAUCUCGAUCAAGAAUGGAUGAAGGAAGGCAAGUUACCAACUCUCUCGAUCAGCACCAAAAACAACGACCUCGCCUUCAAGCAACGCACCGCAAUGCUAAAACGCUCCUACGAUCUUAUCUCCUUCUUAUUCCAAAUCCAACACCUCCUUCACAGUCUCCGCGUGAAAAUUAACGUCGCACAAAAAAAGGACCAUCCCAAACUCUAUCUAUGGGCGAAAAAUUGGGAGAAAUUCCUAAUUCCAAAACCUGACAUUUCGCCUGUGCCGAUUUUGGAAAUAAUCGAAAACACCGAAACAGUGGCCGAAGUGAAAAAGGAAGAAAACGAUAAUACACCAGAAAUUAAAAUCACAACUGAUUCCGAUUUGGUAAAAAUACUCGAAGACGGUGCACUUGCCGAUGACACGAAAAAGGAAAAUUUUCUAUUCAGCGCAUUGACGAAAAGUGAGGAUAAAACAGAAAGUGAUCUAAAAGAAAAUUUAAAGACACCAUUGGAAUCGAAACCAUUUAUUCCCGAACCGGAAGCACCGAUUGAUCCCACAGAAUGUCGAAUGAGACUCCUGGAGCAUAUUGAUCAUUUUCAAAACUAUGUUGCUUCAAAAUUAACGAGCAUUGAAGCACAAGUUCAAGUUCUGGAGGAAAUGGAUCCGGAUACAAUUCCUGAAAUUGAAGUUCAACCGAGAACGAAGCAAACUGUGCAAAUGUUACUUCGUGAUUUGGGCACCAUCAGAAAACUUGCUUCAUUGUGUUGAUAAUGAAUUUUCUUUUUACCCUUUUGUUUUUAUAGUUCUUUUACUAUUAUAUAUAUAUAUUAUAUAUAAAUAUAUGAAAAAUUAAUUAACACUGUAAAUCAUUGAAUUUACGUAGAACUUUAGUUUGUAAAAGUAAAAAAAAAAAAUUGUAAAGUCUUGUAAUAAUAGAUUUUAGAUUUAAUUGGAUAAUAAUUUUUUUAGUCAAGUAGUUUCACUUUGAUAACGCAGUUUAAUGUUUCAUAUAUUCUGAUUAUUCAGAAUUAUUCAAUAUUGUGUAUUUGAAAGGAGAAAACUUGAAAAUUCCUUAUUCUUGUACUGAUAUAGUUGUAUUAUGCUUUUUUUAAGUAUAAAAAAAAAUUCUUUUUGUGAAACUUUCAAUUUUAAAAUAAAGUUUUUCUCUGGGUA